AUGUCGUCGGUGAAGGUGGCGGUCAGGGUCCGCCCCUUCAACUCACGAGAGAUCUCCAAAGAAUGCAAAUGCAUCAUCGAGAUGACAGGCAACACCACAGUUAUACUAAACCCGAAAGCUCCGCCUGGCAACAAAGAGGGUGCUAAAAGCUUCAACUUUGAUUUCUCGUACUGGUCACAUAACCCGAAUGAUCCCGAAUUCUCUUCUCAAAUUAUGGUCUACAAAGACAUUGGAGAAGAGAUGUUACAACAUGCAUUUGAUGGAUACAACAUAUGUAUAUUUGCGUACGGACAAACCGGCGCGGGCAAAUCAUACACAAUGAUGGGCCGCGGGGAGGAUGGCCAGGAAGGCAUUAUCCCGCAGAUCUGCAAAGACCUCUUUCGGCGCAUCAAACAAACUACCUGCGAUGACCUCAAGUAUUCUGUUGAAGUCUCAUAUAUGGAAAUAUACUGCGAGCGGGUUCGCGAUCUUCUGAAUCCCAAGAACAAGGGUAAUUUGCGCGUUCGCGAACACCCGGCGCUCGGCCCCUAUGUCGAGGACCUAAGCAAGCUCGCCGUAACCUCAUACGAAGACAUCUACGACCUCAUCGACGAGGGAAACAAGGCUCGGACGGUCGCUGCGACUAACAUGAACGAGACAUCGUCUCGCUCGCACGCUGUGUUCACUAUAUUCUUCACGCAGCAGCGACACGACAGGACCACCAAUCUAAUGUCUGAAAAGGUAUCAAAAAUAUCACUGGUGGAUCUGGCCGGGUCGGAACGUGCAGACUCCACGGGCGCGAAGGGCACGCGUCUGAAAGAAGGCGCCAACAUCAACAAGUCGCUCACCACCCUCGGCAAAGUUAUCUCCGCGCUGGCCGAAAUCGCAUCAAAGAGCAAAAAAUCUAAAAAGGCGGACUUCAUCCCCUACCGUGAUUCCGUGUUGACAUGGCUGCUGCGAGAGAACCUCGGUGGCAACUCGAAGACAGCUAUGAUUGCCGCCAUCUCGCCAGCCGAUAUCAAUUAUGAUGAGACGCUAAGCACACUUAGAUAUGCAGAUCGUGCCAAACAGAUCGUCUGCAAAGCCGUCGUCAAUGAAGACGCUAACGCAAAACUCAUACGCGAGCUCAAAGAAGAGAUCCUCAAAUUGCGUGAGCUUCUCAAAGCUGAAGGCAUCGAUGUCGAGGAAGGACCGGAUGGUAGAGUCGUUUAUGAAAAGAAAGACCUGCCCAUCAGUGAUGAGAAUACAUCGCCGGCGCGCAAGAAGAACGAUGAAGCGUUAAUGUCGCCGAAGUUGUCCCGAACGGGCACGACCAUAGCCGAAGAUGCCGUCGACCAGCUGCAAGCUUCAGAGAAACUCAUUGCAGAACUUAACGAAACGUGGGAAGAGAAACUGAAGCGCACAGAACAGAUCCGCGUGCAACGCGAGGCUGUGUUCGCCGAGAUGGGGGUCGCAGUGAAGGAGGGCAUCACUGUGGGUGUGUACUCGCCAAAAAAGACGCCGCAUCUCGUUAACCUCAAUGAAGACCCAAAUCUAUCAGAAUGCCUCAUCUAUUAUAUUAAAGAUGGUGUGACCCGACUUGGCACGUCUGAAGCCAACGUUCCACAAGAUAUACAACUGUCCGGCUCCCACAUCCUCAGUGAACAUUGCAUAUUUGAGAAUACAGAUGGCGUUAUUUGCCUCGUUCCACAUCAUGGGGCACUCGUCUAUGUUAACGGUCGGGAGGUGAAAGAGCCAAUAAUAUUGAAGACCGGCUCCCGAGUCAUCCUGGGCAAGAACCAUGUGUUCCGCUUCACACACCCGGGACAGCGCUACGAGCCCACCAUUUCUAACAAGGAACUCACCGGCACUACUGAAAAUAACGGAAGCAACAACGAUGGUGGUAAAGACGGUGAGAACAUUGACUGGGACUUCGCCCAAUGCGAGCUGCUGGAGAAGCAAGGUAUCGACCUCAAGGCUGAGAUGCAGAAGCGUCUCUUGGCGCUCGAGGAACAGUUCCGCAGGGAGAAGGAACACGCAGAUCAGCAGUUCGAAGAACAGCGUAAGAACUACGAAGCUCGCAUCGACGCCCUUCAGCGACAAGUGGAAGAACAGAGCGUCACCAUGUCCAUGUAUAGCUCAUACACACCCGAAGACUUCCACAAUGAAGAAGACAUUUUCGUGAACCCCCUGUUUGAGACAGAGUGUUGGUCGGCGCGCGAGGUGGGGCUGGCUGCCUGGGCGUUCCGCAAGUGGAAGUACCACCAGUUCACCUCGCUCAGGGACGACUUGUGGGGCAACGCGAUAUUCCUCAAGGAAGCUAACGCGAUCUCCGUGGAGCUACGCAAGAAGGUCCAAUUCCAAUUCACGCUGCUGACGGACACGCCGUACUCGCCCCUGCCGGGCGAGCUGGCGCCGCGCGACGACGCGGACGACGAGUACCGGCCCGGCGCGCCCACCGUCGUCGCCGUCGAGGUCCAAGACACCAAGAACGGCGCCACGCACUACUGGACCCUCGAGAAGCUUCGCCACCGCUUGGAGCUAAUGCGUCAGAUAUACAACAUGAACGAGAGCGCGUGCGGGGACGACGAGGAGGACGACGUGUCCCCGUCGAUCCCCGCGCUGGGCUCGCCGGAGCCGCUGCUCCCGGCGGCGGGCGCGGGGGGCGCGGGGGGCGUGGCGCCCUCGCCCGACAUACUGCAGUGCAUAUCGGCCUGCGCGCAACAGACGCGCUUGUCUCUGGCCAACCUGCUGCCAUCGAGGCAAAGGCUGGAGCUGAUGCGCGAGAUGUAUCACAACGAGGCCGAGCUGUCGCCCACGUCCCCUGACCACAACAUCGAGUCGGUCACCGGCGGUGAUCCCUUCUACGAUCGUUUCCCGUGGUUCCGUAUGGUUGGACGGAGCUUCGUUUACCUGUCGAACCUCCUGUACCCGGUUCCGCUCAUUCACAAAGUAGCAAUAGUGAACGAGAAAGGAGACGUGAAGGGCUACCUACGUGUGGCUGUACAGGCAGUUAUCGACGCCGAGAAAAACAACGCUGAAUUAGCGGCUGGUGUUAAACAGUCCGCUAAGAUAUCAUUCGAUGACGACGCAGCACCUGCAAGGUCUCGACUCAAAACACUCUCCACUGUCGAGAAAAACAACGCACUCAACCUGGAAGAUCGCAUCGCUGAUGUUGCCGAUUCCAACAUCAAGAUUGAAGAGCUGGGCGUGGGCGAGUGCGACGCGGACAGCGGGCGCGGCGACAGCUCGCUGGCGUCCGAGCUGAAGGACGAGGAGCUGCCCGAGCACCUGGCGCUCGGCCGCGACUUCACCUUCCGCGUCACCGUGCUGCAGGCGCACAGCGUCUCCACCGACUACGCGGACGUCUUCUGCCAGUUCAACUUUUUACAUCGUAACGAAGAUGCCUUCUCUACCGAACCUGUCAAGAAUACCGGCAAGAAUACGCCCCUUGGAUUUUAUCACGUACAAAACAUCACUGUACCCGUCACCAAGUCGUUCGUAGAAUACAUAAAGACACAACCGAUUGUUUUCGAAGUUUUCGGCCAUUACCAGCAGCAUCCACUGCACAAGGACGCGAAACAGGACGGUGGGAUGGCCGUGGGGCGCACGCCACCGCGACGCAUGUUACCGCCGUCCAUCCCGAUCUCGGCGCCCGUGCGCAGCCCCAAGUGGGGCGCGCCCAGCGUGGCGCCGCCCUGCUGCUCGUCGCACCUGCACUCCAAGCACGACCUGCUCGUCUGGUUCGAGAUCUGCGAGCUGGCGCCCAGCGGCGACUACGUGCCCGCCGUGGUGGAGCACAGCGACGAGCUGCCGUGCCGCGGGCUGUUCGUGCUGCACCAGGGCAUCCAGCGCCGCAUCCGCAUCACCAUCCUGCACGAGCCCUCCGCCGACCUGCAGUGGAGCGACGUGCGCGAACUCGUUGUCGGACGUAUCCGCACCUCGCCCGAAGCUAACGAAGACACGACAGACGGCGACGAAGACGGCGCUCUGUCUCUUGGACUCUUCCCCGGAGAACGUCCCACGCUGGAUGACCGUGCCGUCUUCAGGUUCGAGGCGGCAUGGGACAGCAGCCUGCACGGUUCUCCCUUACUCAACAGGGUCAGCGCCAAUGGCGAAGUUGUCUACAUAACCCUAAGCGCAUAUCUGGAGGUGGAGAACUGCGGGCGGCCGGCCAUCAUCACGAAGGACCUGUCGGCGGUGGUGGUGGGGCGCGAGGCGCGCGCGGGCCGCUCGCUGCGCCGCGCGCUGUUCGGCUCGCGCGCCGCGCGCCACGACCACCUCACCGGCGUCUACGAGCUCAGCCUGCACCGCGCGCUCGAGCCCGGCGUUCAGCGUAGACAAAGGCGAGUCCUGGACACGAGCGGGACAUACGUGCGUGGCGAGGAGAACCUUCACGGCUGGCGGCCACGCGGUGAUUCGCUCAUAUUCGACCAUCAGUGGGAGCUGGAGAAGAUGACGCGACUGGAGCAAGUUGGGCGCACGCGUCACUUCCUCGCGUUACGCGAGCGCCUGCGCCACGGUCACGAGAACACCGUCGCGCCCAACGACUUCACCAAGACAGAGAAGGAGGUGUGCAACAUGGCGGCGAAGGCGGCGGGCGAGUGCGCGCACGGCGCGAUGGGAGCGCUGGGCGCGCGCGACGACUCCGUGUACGAGCCGUGGGACAUGUCGCCGCGCGAGCGCGAACUCGCCACCAAGUACAUCAAGCUCAUGCAAGGCCGUAUAGGAUCGAGUGGAAAAGAAGUGGAAACCGCCGUAUCACCAUCUUCGCCUGUUGACGAAGGCGUCUCCGCCGAUAUUUCCACUCCCAGCCUUUUAUCGUCCAUCCACAGUGCAAGUAGUUUCGAGCUGUGCUCGCCGGAGCGCGCGCUGCUGGAGCGGCAGAUGGCGGCGUGGGGCGGCGCGGCGGGCGGCGGCGCGGGCGCGCUGUUCGUGCCCGACUGCGAGGAGGUGCGCGUGUCCGCCGCCGUCGCGCGCCGCGGCUACCUCAACGUGCUGCAGCACGGCACGCACGGCUGGAAGAAGCGCUGGCUGGUCGUCCGCCGGCCCUACGUGUUCAUCUACCGCGACGAGCGCGACCCCAUCGAGCGCGCGGUCAUCAACCUCGCCAACGCGCACGUCGAGUACUCCGAGGACCAGGAACAGAUGGUCCGCAUGCCUAACACCUUCAGUGUGGUGAGCAAGGAACGCGGAUACCUUCUCCAAACCCUCGGGGACAAGGAAGUCCACGAUUGGUUGUACGCGAUCAAUCCUCUACUCGCCGGAAAGAUUAGGUGUGCGGGCACAGGUCGCGGUCGGCGCGGCGCGGCGCGGCGCCCGGCGCGGCGCCCGCAUGAGCCGCGCAGCUGGACGCUACACUCGUUUAUUAGGCGCGUGGCCGCCGCCCAACGCACCGCUAACGGACAUUGA